AUGGUCUUUCCACUUCAACCUAACAUACACAACUACAACCAGACGAAACUUCAGUUACACUCAUACGUAGAAGUCAUCAAAACCACCGCCGAUACAUUCUUGCAAUCUGGCACCGAGAUUCCCGGACCACCUAAGUGGCGAUAUAUCUGCAUUGCUCGAGUGGUCAGUACUAUACACACAGUUCCACCAACAACAGAGCUCCUAGACGCCAAGGCCAAAUGCACAUAUCGUCCGCGCGCCACCCCUGUGCCCGCAAAUGCGCAGACGUCCAGUGUCACGCAAAACAAAGGACGAGAAUACUUUGCCACCAGUUGGAAUGUCUUUCAUGUUGACCUACACACGGGUUUACCUGCUUUCCCGACUGGCUAUGCAUACAACAUCAAAUAUGUAGAUGCUAAUAGCGGACAACCUUUCAUCUAUCCACUCAACCACAAAGACGAUACCAGUGCAACAUUAGACCUCUUCUACACUGACAUAGGCAAGACUACCUCGCAAAUCUCCGAGAACUCAAAUGCGAUCGUGGUGGAGAUUUUGUCUCCAAGGAUUUUACCCGUAUCAACACACUCCAGCACGUUAUCUAGCCUAGGAGAAGACCACAUUGAAGUAUGCGAAUGA